AUGGAUAGAUUCCAACCGUAUGAAGUGCUUGAUAUAUAUAAGAAGAGAAGAUUAAAAGCACCAAACACAGAUCUAUAUAAACCCGAAAAACUACCAAGUAAUGAGUCGCGUCUGUAUUUUGCCACAAUUGGUACUUGCGUUUUGUUAUGUCAUAUAAUGCUCUUCUUGCCUGACAGCCAAACGACGAAAACGAUCAUUCAGUCCACUACUGAGAUCAGUUUAAAAUGUUGCGUGCGUCUGGGCGUCUGGUGCCUGUUUGGUAGGCCACGCAAGCGCAAGAGGUUCACACAGAUUGAACUGACGUUUAAGAGAGGAGACUGCUGUUCUGAUAAUUAA